CCGUAUCUCACCAAUUUUCGACUAAUCAAUCCGUCAAAAUGCCUCGCGAAAUCACCGACAUCAAAUCCUUCUUGGAGAUUUGCAGACGCAAGGAUGCUUCUUCUGCCCGCAUAAAGAAGAACGUCGGAAAGACCAGCUCCAUCAAGAUCAAGGUCAGAUGCCAAAAGUACUUGUACACCCUUGUCCUUAAGGAUUUGGAGAAGGCCGAGAAGUUGAAGCAAAGUCUUCCACCUAACCUCACCAUCGCCGAUACCCCAAAGAAGAACCAAAAGGGAAAGAGAAUCGCAUAAAUGGCUGAAUAUUGGGAUUAGAUUAUGGAUUCAAGCAGUGGAUGAGACAAUACAAACAUUGAUUGCACAGUCAAGAUAUUUUGAGCAUGGUCGGCGUUUGCAAAAUUGCAAUGUGAUAUCCUACUUCGUUCUAUGAAAAUAAAUGGAGUAGAGUGCGAAAAUGAGAUAAGCUUUCG